AUGUCUCCUAAUUUGCCCUUAAUAUCGUCUUCGUCGUUUGCGAAGCACAACAAGGCGUGGGACUGCUGGGUAACUCUCCACAAUAGAAAAGUUUACAAUGUUACUGGUUUUCUUGACUCUCAUCCUGGAGGCGGUGAUGUGAUUUUGCCAUAUGCUGGCAAAGAUAUAACCGAGAUUAUGGCGGAUAUUUCUUCUCACGAGCACAGCGAAAGCGCCUACGAAAUGUUGGACGAAGAUAUGUUGGUUGGGUAUCUUGCAACUCCGGAAGAAGAGGAAGAAAUGCUCAAUAACAGACACAAGACUCCAGUUGAAGUCAAGCUUGUAGAUGGAAAAGAUGAGUAUGACAUGUACGAGUUCCACGACAAACUCCCUGCUAUGGAGCAGCUUUCGAUCCAGACCGACUAUGAUGCCGAUGUGAAAAAGCACCAAUUUCUCGACUUGAAAAAACCAUUAUUACCCCAGAUGCUCAACGCCAAAUUCUCCAAAGAGUUCUAUUUGGACCAGGUCCACCGUCCCCGUCACUAUGGAAACGGCUCGGCACCUUUGUUUGGCAAUUUCUUGGAGCCUUUGUCGUUGACUCCAUGGUGGGUUGUUCCGCUAGUUUGGCUUCCUCCCAACAUGUACAUUUUCUACGUGGGGUUUGCCAACCAAAGUCCCAUAAUCUCACUUAGUUUCUGGGCUUUCGGAUUGUUUGUGUGGACAUUUGUCGAAUACUGUCUUCACCGCUUCUUGUUCCACUUGGAUGCCUACUUGCCUGACCAUCCAUACGCACUCACCCUUCAUUUCUUGCUCCACGGCGUCCACCAUUAUUUGCCCAUGGACGGUUACCGGUUGGUGCUUCCCCCCACAUUAUUUGUGGUGUUAGCUUACCCAUUCUACCGUUUAAUUUUUGCCAUUUUUCCAUUCUACAUGGCAUGCUCGGGUUUUGCCGGAGGAACCUUGGGUUAUAUCAUGUACGAUGUUACCCAUUACUUGCUCCACCACACCCGUCUUCCUCGGUACCUCCAGGAAGUCAAAAAGUACCACUUGGAGCAUCACUACAAGAACUAUGAAAUGGGGUUUGGAGUCACCAGUAAGUUUUGGGAUGUGAUUUUCGACACCACCAUCGAUGAUACUAUUCAUCCAAGAACUCGUUAA